CACGUCGUCCAUCUUGAUUCCCAGACCACAGAUUCUCCACUGGAGCCUCAGACCACGCUCCCCUUAAAUCAGUCGCUGCCUGACGUCAUGACGGCGCUGACGCGUCACACCACGCAUGACAGCAGACAUGACGGGCUCGGUCCUCUCGGCUGUGGAUUCUCCAUCUCACCACAGCCUGGGAUGUUUCUUCACUGUGCCGGUGUGUCGGUGAAGGCGCUGCCUCCAUGUUCGCGGUGCCGGGUUAAAGUCUGGGUGUGUCCCUGCAGCGGCUCGCGCUCCUCCCUCUCCACUACUUGUUGUUGUUGUUUUUGUUGUUGUGUGUAACUGCCGCGCGCUGUGGCUCGUGCUGUCAGCCCCGGUCUCGUGCCUGGACGCGCGCAUGCAUCAGAAUGGCUCCGGCGGCUCCAGCGGCUCCAGCGGCUCUGACGGUCCCGGGGGCGGCGGCGGUGGCAGGGAGCGGCAGCAGGCUCCGUCCUUCAGCCCGCUGCCCUCCGCCACGACGCGGGUGAGGCGCUUCAUCCAGGAGAGACGCACGCUGCCUCUACCCAGAGUGAUGGUGGUGUUCUCGGCCGCGGGGGACACCGACAAACCCAGCGAUGCCAUGUCCGGCUCGGACACUGCGGAGGACGAGCUCCGGAAGCCGCCGGCCUCCCCCUCGCCGAGCCGCAGCCUGAGCAAGCCGCUGCGCCCCGCGCUGAGCGCACAGGAGCAGGAGUUUCCAGAGGUCAUCUCUCUGAACAUUGGGGGCAUGUACUUCACCACCCGUCUGUCCACGCUACGGCGAUACGAGGACACAAUGCUGGCUGCCAUGUUCAGUGGGCGUCACUACAUCCCACGUGAUGCUGAUGGACGCUACUUCAUUGAUCGGGAUGGAACGUAUUUUGGGGACAUCCUGAACUUCCUGCGAGAAGGCGAGCUCCCCCACAGGAGCCGAGUGCGACCGGUGCACAGGGAAGCUCAGUACUAUUCCAUUGGCCCGCUGCUGGACAGCCUGGAGGACAUUCAGCCGCUCACGGGAGAGAAGGUUCGACAAGCUUUCCUCGAUCUGCUGCCCUAUUACAGAGACAAUCUGGAGCGCAUUGUCGAGAUCGCCAAACUGAGGGCCAUGCAAAAAAAGGCCCGAUUUGCCAAGUUGAAGAUCUGUGUCUACAAGGAGGAGAUGCCCAUCACGCCGUACGAGCGCCCUCUUUUUAACUCUCUGCGCUUUGAACGCUCGGACAGCGAGGCCAAGCUCUUUGAGCAUCACUGCGAGGUGGAUGUUUCCUUCGGACCUUGGGAGGCAGUGGCGGACGUUUACGACCUGCUGCACUGCAUCGUCAGUGACCUGGCCGAGCGGGGCAUCACUGCCGAGCAGCAGUGCAUCGGUGUCUGCGACAAGCACCUUAUCAAUCACUACUACUGCAAGAGGCCCAUCUAUGAGUUCAAGAUCACGUGGUGGUGAAGCUGGAGGGAGACACUCGUGGCUGAUUGGACCAAAAUGGAUGUUCCAUUUCUUUCUAUAACUCGGCCGAUAUUGGUUUUUGUAUCAAAGCGCCAAUAUUUUUUGCUGCUGUCUUUAAAAUGUGACCCUUUAAAUCACGUUCUAAUUUUUAAAUAUUCUGUUUCCCCAAAAUAUUUUUUUUUGAUUUCUGUCUCGUCAAACACAAUGAAGCAAAAAAACGAAAUACACACAAUUCAGUUAAGUUGGAACAUGUCCUCCAUUAUACAGACAGGUGUUUCUGUUUUUUUGCCAACCCUCAUUUAAUAGAAUGGCGAGAACAAAGCAAUAGAAACUCUUCUCAGUAUAAAGCAGUGAUAGUCAACAGCACCACAAACCUUUAGCCUCUAGAAUAAUCAUAUAACUGAAUCAAAACUUCACUAAAACAUUUUCAAAAAACCAAACCAGUUUAACUGGGUGUGACUUAUUAACUGGCCAUAAAUACAAACACUUCCACUGAGAUCCAGGCCAUUGAUAAACAGUACUAUUACUGAAUCUCCUGUUGUUGCUGACCUCCAGUGUGAUGCAAAGGUUUACUCUGGGACCUCAUGACACCAAUGUCACUACAUCCGUUAUGAAGAAGAGGAGAAAGAGACUUAUAACUGUCAAAGGUCAGAACACUCCUCUUCAGCUUUUGAUUUCAGAUGAAGGCAUUUUUGACACAUUUCAUACAUUUUUAUUUCCUCCACCAGUGUCUGCACUAGACACGUUCAGGCACCUGUUUUUGCAACGCUGAGAGCCUGGCACAGUCACAGUAGUUACAUGCAAGCUGAAGACACAAUGGCAAAAAACACACCCCCAAGUCACAGCUACUGUAUGUGUGAGUGAAAGGACGAUCAUUAUUCAGCUUCUGUAGACCGUUGUGUUGAUUACCACUGAAGUGAAUCUGUCAAAAAACAUGAAACUUGUUGAUGGAGACAGUAUUUUGCGCGUCUCGUGGAACAGAUUUGCUUUUAUUGUUAUCAGUACAGCCGUCUACUCCAGAGACGUUAUAAAUGAGAGAGACACUGCUGUAUGGAAAAGCCUAAAGCGCCAAAGAUGGCGCUUGUGGGACAUAUCGUGCCUCUGUAUCAAUGUGCCAGAUGUCUGCUUUUUUGAAUACUGCAGGGAAGAGUUCAAAUCUUUCCAACCUGACAAUAGAAAAGUCAUAUAAAAGUUUGUGAAUACCAGGCUAAGUUUGGCUGUAAGUGCCAUAGUUUUGCAUUCAACGUUUGAUUUGAAAGAAAAAAAAUGGAUUAUCACAUUUUCAGAAGUUACACAGUUGCUUUAAGACACAAAAUGUCUUUUAAUGCUUUUUAUUCCAACUUAUGUGUGUAACUAGCAACUGUUGGACCGCAAGAUCUGCUAAGCGCAAUCUGAAUGUUUGACAGUGUGGCUAAAUUCAACAAGUGUAGACACUGAUAAAGAUCGUAGCGGUCGCUGGUAUCUUGCUUUGCAGCAAAUGUAAACAACGUAAAACUCUGAAUGUGCAAAAACAAUCAAAAUCCUGAGAUGAUUGUCACGUCAGAAGAUAACAUUAUUUACCUCAUUUAAAAGUCAAUCUUAAAUGUUUUUUUCAUGUUGCCAUUGUUAAAAGUAGGAUCAAUGUCAUUUCCCACAUUAAUUUAUUCAUAGUUAAUUUAUCAGUCUAUCUGUUGCUUUGCCCUGAUGUGGAUUGAUAUGUGAAUGGGUUCAGGAUGGUCUCACCACAUUUCCAGUAAAUAUAGAAAAUUAUAUUAUGAGCAAGAAAACUGAAGUCAAAUCUGUAUUUUUAGGAAUAAUGUUUGUUUCAGAAUACAGAUGUGUAACUGUGAACCUGUUCCUUUUGGAAAAACAGAGUAUAUUUUAAUUAUGCAACCUCCUGAGGAGUGUGUGUUUAAAGAUUUGAAAGAGGUUGGGUGGUGUCUGUUUUUCUCAGAACAGUCUUCACAUUUGACGUUGUUACGUAGAAUCACUCAGUUGUAGAGAGUUGGAGAUCGAAGGAAGACAAAUUGAAGGAAGCUGAAUUUGUUGCACACUAAUGUAAAUGUGCAGCUGUUGUUGUAGCCGAAGUAUACAAGAGAGAAUCUUAAAUCAAACAACUUAAGUAGUUAUUCAAUGUCAACUUCCGCUUGCAACUUGCAUACACAAGUUAAGUUAAAUGGGUAUUUCCUACUGUACUUGAUGAUGAAGUCUGAGCACCUUGUGUUUGUCACCGAGAUGUUUUGUGUUACCCUCAAACAGCUCUGUAGUUAUUAACUGUGGAGUGUAACAGCAUCGACAUCAGUUCAUUUAGCUUCACUAAGAAAGAACAUGCAGUUUUGAGCACUAGGUUUGAAUGUUUUUUAUAUUGUUCCAACCUAUAUUUUCUGUUAGCUUCUAGGAAGCUAUAGAUCUAUUGUCCUCUAUGUGUUCAGUUAGUUUGUAGUGAAAAAGCAAAGUGUGAUUUUUAUUGUUUAUCUAAAAUUAAAAAUGACUGUUAAAAGGUAAA